AUGAAAGAAGAUCUUAAUAACGUUAUUGAUUUUGAUGGUGUAAAUAAAGGAAAAAUUCCUGCCGAUUCAUUUAUUAUUGCUAUGAAAAGGUUUAUUCAAAGAAUAUUACAAGCUGAAAGUGAAAAAGAAACUCAUAGACUAGUUGAUUAUAUGAUUGAUAUGUCUCUUAACCUUUGGCCCAGUAAUAAUGAUAUAGAAGAGGUUUUGAAUCAAUUGUUUCCCCAGAAUCUUUUAGUAUCCAAUUCUUUAGCAGCUUAUGAAUACGUAUUACAGAAAAAGAAAUCCAUGGGUAAUAAACCUAUUGCGAUAAAUACUUUUAAUUCGCAAACGAUCGCAUCUUCUAGUUUGGAUAUUAAAUCAAGUCCAUCUCGAUCUAUUCAUUCUUCAAGAAAAGGAAAGAAAGUUGAUAGAAGUAAAUUUGAUGCUAUGUAA